UGCGGAAACAAAGCCCGUCGGAGAGGCCGCGGUAUCCAAGAUGUCAAAACGCUCGAAGAGAAGGCUUACGUCGCACGAGAGCGACAUGCAGGCCAGAAAAACUAUCAUCGAGGCCGCCGAUGCGGAGCUGAAGAAUCGCAACAGGAUUCUCGUGGUGGUCGGAUUGGUGGUGGUGGCGUUCGUCGCCACUGGGGCCGGGCUCAUCUACUACUUCAGGCCGCAGGCCACGGAGGGGAGGAGGGUGGCCAUUUGCCACACCAGAGGCUGCAAACUGCACGGCAUGGUCGUCAGCAGGGCCAUCGACCACAACGUGGACCCGUGCGUUGACUUCUACAGCUACACGUGCGGGAAGUGGCAAGACACCCACGAAUCGGUCAUAGAUUCCCUGAUGGCUGAAAGCAUGAAAACUCUGAUCGAGGACCUGGAGGAAAAAGGCAAGCGCGUCACCGCAGCCGAGACGUUCUACGAUAGCUGUGUCAACGCUUCCAAGGAAAGGGAUACGAACCUGCAGCAGUUCCUCCAGUUCAAGGCUUCCUUGGGAUUGGUGUGGCCGGAGGAGCAACCCACGGAAAAGCUGCACCCACUCGACCUGAUGCUAGACCUGGCGAUGAGGUGGGACAUGAACUUCUUCUUCGACGUGAGCGCAAUCCAAAGUCAUGGUAGAUCCGUCCUUCUCAUAAGCCGCAGCCGCCUAAACACUGGCUGGAUGAAGCUCAUCUCGGAACCCUGGACUGACGCAGAGUACGCAAAAGUUGUGCAACAACACCUCAACGUCCUCAAUCAGUCUGCCGACGUGGACAUCAGCGUCCAAGAACUUCGCAAAAUCGAGGAAGCCAUCCUCGACAUCAAGUCCCGCUCACACCUCCGCGAUCUCAGUCAGGAGUGGUUCACAGCCAGCGUUCUUGAGAGCAAGACACCGUCGGUACCCUCCGGCAUGUGGCUCGAAAUGCUUGCCAAACACGACGAGCAGUUCACCUGGACGGCAAACUCCACGGUCAUAGUCGAUGACGUCGGUAUACUCACCAGCCUCGAGAAGCUGCUGUCGGAUCAUUCCCGCCACAAGCGCACACUUAUGAUCGGCUUGUCCUGGGUUUUCAUACACACUCACCUAUGGGCUGUCGUGGGCGAAGCAGAGCUGCGGUUCCGUAGUGACGUCAAGUGGCGGAUGAUGGAGGGCUGCGCGCAUUACGUCGAUAGCAAGCUGGGCGUAUUCAGCGCGCACAGGAUACUGAGCGAAAAGUUCGCCACUGUACCCGGGAACGUCAACAGCUUUUUGAAGCGGAUCAAAGAAAAGGCGAAGGAGCUGGUCAAAAACCUCACCUGGCCAGACCAGACCGUCAAGGAGGAGGUCUGGCUCAAGAUGGACCACAUGACCCGCAUUGUGCUGCCGCCGCCCGAGUUCUUUCGCGAAAAGAGCGAGCGGCAGCUGUACGCCUCGUUCACCGACGCGAUCACUAAGAAUUUCGUGGCGAACUUGGUCAGCACUUCGGUGAUACGCCGCAGGCUGCGAAACAACUCGCGCUUCGCAGAUACCUAUAGCAUGCGCUUCUUUCCACGCUACGGGCUCAGCAGGUACCUGUACCUUCCGAACAGGUUGCAGAUCGCAGCGGCCAGUCUGUACCCGCCGUUGUUCUACACGGAGGCUUCCUUAGCGAUUCUGUACGGCGCCUGGGGCUCGGUCGCAGCACGGGAGAUAAUGAAGGUGCUUGACGCAAAGGGAAUUGGUGUUGCGCACAACGGCAGCGAGGUUAAGUGGAUGACGGGUCCCUCCUCGUCACAAUCAGCUGCCGGGUACGUUGAGAAGACUGGCUGCAAGCUUGGCACCACCACGGGCCCCACCGAUGGGGAGCCCGUGGCCCUGAUUCCGGCCGUCACCGCUCUCGAGUUGUCUUACGCCGCCUUUAGAGACGCCGUGUCCACCGACUUUCGCGAUCUGGUGGACUUCAGGAUCCCACACCUGGAAGACUACAACGACGAGCAGGUGUUAUUUCUCACCUUCUGCUACGUACAGUGCGCCAAGAAACCGCCCAAGAAGGGAGACGAGUGCAACGUGCCGGCUAGAAACUUCCCACAUUUUGCAGCGGCGUUCAAUUGUAAGCCGGACACCCCGAUGAAUCCGGCCAAUAGGUGCACGUUAUUUGAUGUAGCUAGAAAACUAGUAUAACAAACAUAUUCUUUGAUUUACAUGAUCUUUAUUGCUUUUCUUCUGCCCUCGUUUUAGCUGCUGGACGACAUCGAUUCCGCAGUUGCCAAGCAGUCGCUACAGGCUUGCAUUUUGUCAACAUUAUUGCUUAUUCUUCUUAUUGCUUUGGACAUGGCAUGUUCCAUAUUAUAUGUUGGCGUUUGUUUACUUUACGGUUGUACCGUUAUAUCUUAAUAUAUGUUGAACUUUAAAAAUUGUGUGUUUGUGUGUGUGCGCGCGUGCGUGUGUGUGUGAGAAAGAGAGAGGGGGACAAACACUGAAACUAGAAAACCUAUGUGAAAAGUAAUUCUAAAUCAGAAUACUGUCGUACGAGUAAGUAGUCCAUUAUUUUUUAUGCCGUGCGCGCUACCUAGCACACGGCAUUCAUUGGCGAAAGGCGUGAGUGCAGGCUUCUUGUUAUCGUGCAAGUUCAAGCUGCGGCAUCCGAUGCGCUGUGUCUCGUCGUGACGAUAAAUGCGAAGAAACGUUGUGCUACGUUCGUUAGAGACACCGAACACAGGCUCUCAAUGUUCGACGGGCAGCGAAAUUAGUAAGUCGGAUGUUUAUAUAUACUAUAUGAUAACGUUGGUAGAUGCCGUGUCUGAUGUCUGUUGGAUAUGAAUACAUGGUGUCACAGGGAAUUGCGAAUAAUCUUGUGAAAAAUUCUUGUGAAUGUUCCUAUACCUUACAACUGUAUGCUGGCCAUAGUACCUUUCAUCCAUUUAAACAUGUUUGGUUUAUCCAGUUAUAUAGGUUGCAAUUAUUCUAGACGAAUAAAAGUGAAGUUG